AGCUGAUGCUGGCGGUGGGCAGCCAUCAUGGCCGCUCCAUGCCCGGGUCUCCGGUCAACAUCAGCAGGAAGGACCGCGGCCUCCGACAGGUCGUCCUCAGCGCCGCCCACUUCUUCAACAACCAAUCAAAUGACGCCUUCCUCUUCAGACCCUCGGCCGUCCACAGAGCACAGCGGCAGAUCGUUAAGGGGAUUCGGUACCUGGUGGAUCUGGAGAUCUCCAGAACCGUCUGCCGUAAACGAGACAACAACAACCUGUCCAACUGUGACUUCCAGCCGGUCGGUCGUCUGCAUCAGACAUUUCAGUGUCACACUGAGGUCUGGGUGGUCCCCUGGCAGAACCAGACCAGGACUCUGCUGUUCCACUGUAGACCCUGAAACCACCAGCCGCCUCAGACCUUCAUCAUCCUCACCUGUGAUGGUCGGUGACACCCACCUGUCUGACCUGCUGCCCCCCCCUGUAAAACCUUCACACAGAAUAAAGUUUGUAUAUUUACUGAAACCUGAAUCUUUAAUCUCUGCUUGUGUUGAGUGCAGAGGAUGAACAGCAGCCAAAACACACAAACUGUUUAAAAACAUUUAACAAAAAUUUUAAUUUGUUUUUAUAAAAUUAUGACACAGAAAUGUUUAAAACGCAGGAAAUCAGCAUGUAAAGUCUCACAACAAUAAUGAUUUACAGAUGAAUGUGUGAGGUGAAAGA